AGUUUAUCAUAUUUUAUAGGAAGGUCCGGCAAAUAAAGAUAGUUUACGUAUUUCUUACAUGCUCCGUUUCUCACAUGCUUUGUUCAAAACCUUUGUAUUUUAACAAACCUUAUAUCCAAUUUUUAACAGCAGAUAUGUAAAAUUGCCUCAGUGUGUGUUUGGGCAAUGAUGUAUGGGACUUUAACUUAUUUUAGUCCUCUUUGGAGUUUCUUUAACACUGUCUCACUUGUAAGACAGCCCAUAUCACUGAAAAUACUUUGCAAAUAAUUCUUCAAUUAUUUUUAACACAUACAGUGGCUGUAUGGCCAAAUGGUAAAUAAUUGAAGAACUGUCCCAUUUAAAUUGGAGAAACAUGUUUAACAAUCUUGUCUACUGAUACAAGUAGCCACACUAUCGAAGCUUUUAAAUUUUCUUAAAAUAUCGGGACACAUUUAAGGCAUAGCUUCUUUCAUUCCUCGCUGUGCAAACCGACUAUAUACCUAGUUACAGCCUUUUUUAAGGUACACACACUUGUUAAAAAGUGUGUGCAUAUUGGCUUCUGAUAUGCCAGUACAACUUGCUAUUUUUCUUAUUGUCAGUCUUAUAUCCUAUUCGAGGACAGUUAUCAUUAGGAUGGUACAGAGGUUUAUGGACUACCAGAUAGGUUAUCACCUUUGGCAGAUAAUUUCACAACUUCAAAAUCCUUUAUCACUUAAGAUAGAGCGCAAUGAGAUGUUAAGAUGACUUGAGGACUAUAUUAUGACAUAUUUCACCAAAUACAUGUAUUUGGAAUGAAUCUAUAUCAAGCCUACUGAAGCCUUUCAUACGGCUACACAUUCAGCAAUUUCAGCAAAUUGCUCGAACGUAUUUUAUCUGAAAUAACAUGAUCGUUUUAAAGCAACUUGUACACAGUAAAUUGAAAACGUUUACUAUCCGAUCACAUUAUUCAAGUACAAUGGAGCGUUUUAGAACAACUAAGGAGAUAAAACAAAGCUAAAUAAUGACAGAACGUUCUGCAGAACCAAUCAUUAUUGUAAUAUAAUUUUUAAAUAAAACGUUUUGUGUUAUCAUUAUUAAAUGUUCUUACUGUUUUUAACAAUGGCUUUAGCGAAAUAUAAUUAUGUACACUUGAUCUUCAUAAAUAUGAAAUCGCUAUUUAGAUGGUUUUGUUUAUGAAAAACAUUAUAACACUGGUAACAUAGUCAUAAUUUCAAUGACCUAUUUAGUAUUUUUGAAGCGCCAAAGUGCUUAGUAACUACAGAUGAUAAUGGGAAAUUCAAAGUUGACGAGGACAUACUGAAGCAAAUUUCAAGAGAUUGAUAAACAACUUGUGAUACUGGCGAUUACUGGGCUAUACAGGACUGGAAAAUCAUACCUCAUGAACCGGCUUGCAAACUCUUCGAACGGGUUUCCGCUUGGAAAGACUAUAGAGUCCAAAACAAAGGGAAUCUGGAUAUGGUGUAAGGAUCAUCCACUUAAAGACAACACUGUUCUUGUCCUUCUAGAUACAGAGGGUUUAGGAGAUGUUUCGAAGGGCGACAAGGAUCAUGAUAACAGAAUAUUUACGCUUGCGGUGCUGCUAUGUAAUGUCUUAGUCUAUAACAUGAUGUCAACCUUCAACCAAGAUGCUGUAGAUAAACUGACAUUUAUAACAGAAAUGUCGAAAAAUAUAAGAUUCCGGAACAGGACAGAAAGCGUCGAUGACGAACAGCUUGGAAUGAUUCUCCCAACUUUUGUUCCUUGUCUUAGAGAUUUUUCUUUAGAGCUAGAAAAAGAUGGCAAUAAAAUCACUCCAGAUGUCUAUCUUGAAGAUUGUCUUAAACUUAAGCAAGAAAACGAUAGUACAACAAUUAAAUAUAACAGACCACGGGAAUGUAUUUGGAAAUAUUUUUGUAAACGCAAGUGCUUUGUUUUUGAUAGGCCAGGUGGAAGAAAAGUUCUGCAGCAGUUAGAAUGCAUUCCAUUGGAAGAUCUGUCCGACGAAUUUAUUGAAGAAACUAAUUUGUUUUUAGAUUACAUGUACGCAUGCGAGAGCAAGGUGCUCCGUAACAGCAAGCCAGUCAACGGAAGAAGUAAUUACGUAAACUAUUAUAAAUCUGAAAGUAUCAUUUACAACUUUAACAACUAUCAAUGUUCACUACCCGGUCUGUUAAAUAAUUGCAGAAUGUAAUGUGAAUCUGUUAUAUUCUGUAACGUAAUACUUUGUUACCCGUAAUACUUUGAUAUUGAUGCUUUCUGUUAAUGUUACGCAUAUGCUUUAAUUCUAAAUAAAAGUGUUUUC